GCGGAAGUGAUUUUCUUUUCUACAAAACUUUCACUUUCACACUUUCACAUCGUUUACUUCUGCCAUUCUCUAAGUUUCGUUAAAACAGUUUUUACUAAUUCUUCAGUUGUCUCACUUCUUCAGUCCAACUAUAUUUUUCGAAUCCGUUCACAGUAUCCAAUAUUGCAAUCGGGUUUCGUUUCUGGGAAGAGACACUCACUGUGUUGUUAGAAAAUAUUUGUUGAUCGGACACAUUCAACUGCAUUGAACAUUUUUAUAUAUAAUAUAUCAUUUAUAGAAAUUUACAUUUUCUUUUUGGCAAAAUAUACCAGAAAAAAAGUCGACAACAAGGAAAGAAAACUAUUUUGUUUAGUUUUAUAAAUUUGCUUUAAAGGAUAAAAAAAAGAGAGAGACAGAAAAUGGCUGAAGAAAUCGAGGAAAUUAUUGAAAAAUUUGAUGGAAUUCUACUUCAUGACGAAAGCAGUAGAGAAUUGUACAGAGAAAAAAUUCAGAGAUUUCCGAAUUUAAUGGGAGAAUAUUUUCACUACACCAAAGAUCAUUGGUUGUCUCUUUACAAAAAACUGGAAAAUUCAUUAAGUAACGAUACUGUGUCUGGUUUAGAAGAUGAGAUUCACCACAAGAAUACCUUGGUGUUUGUUCAGUGGGAGCUAAAUAAGAAUAUUGAAGCUGAAAGAUUAGCCAAUGAAGUUCGAGAAACUAAUCCAGACAACCUCUUGGCAUUAACCAAUCUUGCAUUCAUUCAUCUGUACAAUAAAAAUAUGAAUAAGUUAAAAGAGGUUAUGGUUUAUCUUAACAAUCUUGAAAAAAGAGAAGAUUUCCAACAGAUAGAAGCAGAAGGUAAAAUGAAUGUUGCUUAUUGUUUAAGAAGAAUAUCAUUCAAUGAUUAUGAGAGGGCUAUCCUACUUUACAAAGAGGCUUCUAAUGUUUGUCCAGACAAUUAUUCAUGUCUAUUUGGUGUAGCUUUGUUACAGUAUCGUUGUUUAAGAAAGAUCUCUGAUGAAGAAAAAAAACGCAAAAUUAGUACAGAGGCAGUACAGUACUUAGAGAAAAUACGAUGUGCUUUUCCUCGCUGUAUUGACAAGAUCCUAAUGGGGAAAACGUUAGCAUUAUUAGCUUUGUUUAAAUUGAGACCUUCAAGGAAAUGUAAUAUUCUGAAGAAUCAGGAAUUCAGUGAAAAAUAUGUUCAAAGAGCUCUUCAUUUUUCCCCUGAUGACCGUUUUGUUUUGGAAAAGUGUGCUAAAUUUUAUAAGACUUUAUAUAAGUUUAAUAAAGCAAAAGAAUUGUUUGUAAAAGCAAUCGAAAUAAAUGCAACAGCAUUUUCUCAUCAUCAUCUUGGAUUAACUUAUCAAAAAAUACAUAUUCCAGAAUUCACAUGUUUCACUGCAAAGAAGGAGUUUUCUGUGGAAGAAAAUACACUUGGAAAACUUAUUAAAUGUCCUAGAACUAUUCCUGAAUUGGAAAGGAAUGAAUUCAUUGGCAAAAUAGAAUAUCACUUUAAAGAAGCUCUUAAACUUUCUCCAGAAAAUGCAGCUGUUCUCUACGAUUUGAUUUUGUUAUAUUUGGCUUUGAAAGAAUACGAAAAUGCCCAGGAGUGUUGUGAACAAUUUAAAACAAAUAUUAAAAUACGAGACGUUAGUUUUCAUAUUUUGUAUGGAAGAUUAUAUUUCAUACUAGCAGACGAAGAAAAUGAUGAAGACUUAAAAAGAGAAUUUAGAGACGAGGGAACAGAUAGGUUCUUCCUUGCUAUUAAAUCUGCUAUAGAAUUUCUUCCUUUCCAGAAGAAGCUGAAAGACAUUUGGGGAAUAAAGGAUAUUAUGACUGAUGUGUAUGAGCAUGGGUAUAUUGAGUAUAAUGAAAAACUGUUGGAAUUAAUUGAGUCAGUAGAGGAACUCCGUGAUAAUAAAGAACUUUAUAAUAAACUUCUCGUGGAUUGUGAUAAAAGUGAAUUAUCACGAAAGUUACGAAGCCUUUGUAAAAAUAAGCAAUAUUUUAAAGCUUUUCUUUGUCUUAGGUUUUCAGAAGUUAAGCCCCAUGAAGUUGAUGUAAAGCUAAUGAAACAAAUUUAUGUAAAUUUAGGAAAGCAUUUCACAGAAACAGAACCUGACUGUAGCAAAGAGUUCUUCAGAAAAUGUUAUGAGCUUUGUUUUGGAUUUGGCUCUGAAACCAAUGCUAAAACGGGGUUAGCAUGUUCAAAGAAUGACAUCGUAACUAACUUUCAUUAUGAUAUCUAUAUUUUAACAUCCCCAAACUCUGAAGAACUGGCUGAAAACAUUGGAAUGAAUCUAGACAAAUACUUUGGGUUAAAAGUUACAUUUGGUAAUCGUGACUAUAUAUUGGGAAAAUAUAAAACUGUAAACCUUCGUACCAUAUUAGAAAACAGUUGCAAUAUUGGAAUUUAUUUAGAACAUUCAAAGACUAUAUCACCAGAGUUUUUAACCCACACUGAAUAUGCCAAACAAAUCAUGGAAGAUCGACAACCUAAAAUUGGUCAAAUUUUUAUGAUCAGGAACCAUGAAGAUAUAGAAAUUCCAAAACAUUUAGAAAGUUUUCCUCAGUUGAAAUGCCAAAGUGGACACAGAGAUGACAUUGUGAAUAUUUUUAAUUUUCUUUGCAGUCUAUCUUAGUUUGUUUUUUCAUAAUUGUGAAGAACAUUUUCCUGUGUCAGCUGCAUUUUGGCAGUGUCCCACCUGAUAGUUACUGCUGUUAUUGUGGUGGUUUCUGUGUCUCUGAUGAAGUUGAACAUCAGUGACAUGUCUUGAUAAUGUUAAUACAGCUAAAUUUCAAAAGAAUAAAGAACUGAAUGGCAUAUCUGACUCUUCUAAUAUCUUCACCAUUUUCCUGGUACACAACUAAGCCAACAAAGACUUUCAAUAGCAUGGCC